AUGGCUUCCAUUGGACAGGUUAUCUUCUGGAGCAUGAUCGUCCUCAUAUUUAUAGUUGGUGGACUUCUCAUCCUUAUAUUGUCCAUCGCAUUUACACGCUCGCAGAGUUCUUUUGUGGAAACCCAUGACCCGUUUCCCGUGGGAAACAUCGGAGAAGACAUCGUGCUGGACUGCAAGUUCCAGCCGUCCACCGCAGAUGUGAAGAGGCUGGACCAGGUGACCAUCACCUGGGAGAAAGACGGGCUGAGCGGGGUGGUGUACCGCUACCAGAACCGGGCCGCUCAGCUGAGGGACCAGAACCCUCAGUUCAGGGGCAGGACGCGGCUCUUCACGGACAGCAUCGCCGCCGGCAACGCCUCCCUGCUGCUGUGGAACGUGGGAAUAAGGGAUGCGGGCAUGUACCGGUGCAGCGUGAGUGCCCCCAGUGGCCGGGGGAGCAUCAGCCUGACUCUCAGAGUCGCUGCGUACUCCUCUCCGAGCUUCACCAGGAAGGAAAACCUCCUAACGGCAGAGGCGCAGAGGUGGUACCCCAAACCCGACGUCACCUGGAAGGACCACAACGGUGACACCCUGAACGGGAGCGCCAGCUUCUUCAACAACUCAGCCGGGAUCCUGAGGGUGGUGACCACACUCGAGGAGCCGGUGCGGGUGGACGACACCUACACCUGCCUGAUCCAGAACCACCUGGUGGUGUCUGUCUCCCAGGCAACGAUCAAGGCAUAA